UGCUCAAAGUAGUUGAAAACCUUGGUGUGAGCUAUGUAAGGGGUGAUGAUGCGUACAAAAAUAAGCUGGAGUCUGAGCUCCGGAAACUUAAUUUUUCUCUGAGAGCUUUGGCUGAGGAUGAUUAUGAGGCAAGAAGAAAAGACCAUAUCUCUCAUUUCAUACUACGCCUUGCUUACUGCCAGUCUGAGGAACUCAGGCGUUGGUUUCUUCAACAAGAAAUGGAUCUCUUGCGAUACCGCUUCAAUGAACUGACUGGUACCUUAAGACAGAAAUUCCUGGAACAUGUUAACUUACCAUUUGAAGCUGUUAGCGAAGACCUGAAAAAUGAAUUGGCAAAUGAGCUGGUUGCAUCAACCCCUGGCUUCAGUGUGAUUAAAGUAAAAGAACAAAUGUUCUACAAGGUUGGACUUGCUGAUGCUGUGGAUCUAUUUAGAGCCAGAAGAGUAUUUAUUAAAGAUGGCUUGGCGUAUGUGCCACUUAAGGACAUCGAUGCCAUUGUUUUGAAUAACUAUAGAACAAAAUUAUCUAAAGCACUGGCGCUGACAGCACGAUCAUUGCCUUCCAUACAGUCUGAUGAGAGACUACAGCCUCUGCUUAAUCAUCUCAGCCAUUCUUAUGUUGGCCCAGAUUACAGUGUGCAAAAGAACACAGGAAAAAUUUCUCUAGAACAGAUUGAUGCUCUGUCUGUGAAAUCCUUCCCCCUCUGCAUGCGGCAGCUGCACAGAGCGCUGCGCGAUAACCACCACCUGCGCCACGGAGGACGCAUGCAGUACGGGCUCUUCCUAAAAGGCAUCGGCCUGACUCUGGAGCAGGCACUGGAAUUCUGGAAGAAAGAAUUCAUCAGAGGAAAAGUGGAUGCAGACAAG